GCCCCACUAGGGAGUGGCUAACAGGUACUGCCACCUGAGUGGCGCCGUUAGAGGUGGGGUUACAUCAGUUACCUCCCCUUCAAGUAGGGUGGUCAGAUGGACUUCAUUCCAAGCGUGAUUCUUACAAGAGGGACAACCGGCGAUCAUGCUGGUUCCCCCUGAUAUGAUGACUGCACAAUCGAAGCUCUUGUAUCAGUUGAAUAAGUUCUAUGGGGAAAGAGUUCAAACUCGUAAGGGAAAAGUUGCAAAUACGGUGAGAGAGGUUUGCAAGGUGGUUCAAGAUGUUUUAAAAGAAGUCGAGGUCCAGGAACCACGAUUUAUAUCGUCUUUAAAUGAUUGCAAUGGACAUUUUGACGGCUUCGAAGUUAUAUCUCCGUGGGAAUUUGAAGUUGUGCUUUACCUUAACCAAAUGGGUGUCUUUAACUUCGUCGAUGAUGGUUCUUUACCAGGAUGCGCCGUAUUGAAACUUAGUGACGGCCGCAAGAGAUCAAUGUCCUUGUGGGUUGAAUUCAUUACAGCAUCGGGUUAUCUUUCAGCAAGAAAGAUUCGAUCUCGUUUUCAGACUCUCGUAGCACAGGCUUGCGACAAGUGCAGUUAUCGGGAGAUGGUAAAAAUGGUAGCGGAUACCACGGAGGUGAAGUUGCGAAUUAAAGAAAGAUUUGUUGUGCAAAUAACGCCAGCUUUCCGUUGUAGUGGUUUAUGGCCAAGAUCUGCUGCUCAUUGGCCUAUUCCUCACAUACCGUGGCCAAAUCCGAAUCUCGUAGCAGAAGUUAAAGCUGAAGGAUUUGACUUGCUAUCUAAAGAAAGCGUGACUCUGCAGGGAAAACAAUCAUCGAUGGAAGGCGAUGCUUGGGUACUAAAUUUCUGUGAAGCGGAAAAUAGGCUUCUUCAAGGAGGAUGCCGAAAGAAAUGCUUAAGCAUCUUAAAGACUCUUAAAGACAAGCAUCUUGAUCUUCCGGGUAAUCCUGUUACAGCUUAUCACUUGAAGACCCUGUUAUUGUAUGAGUGUGAAAAACAUCCCAGGGAACUUGAGUGGGAUGAAACCUGCUUAGGUGAUAGAAUUAAUGGUAUUCUUCUUCAACUUAUAUCGUGUCUUCAAUGUCGUAGAUGUCCUCACUAUUUUCUUCCUCAGUUAGACUUGUUUAAAGGAAAAUCCGCGAGUUCUUUAGAAAAUGCUGCUAAGCAUGCAUGGAGAUUGACAAGAGAGUUGCUUACAAAUCCCAGAUCUCUUGAGAAACUUUGACUUUAUUAGAACAACUUCCCGGUAGUGAAUCUCUUCAUAUAAACUCAUAUUUUCCUCAUGUAGAUUUAUCAACUUUUUUGCUAAAUUGUUUAGAAUCAAUUUUGGAAGAAGGUAUCGUAUAGAUUUUGUUAUAUAAAAUUUAUCUACGCAAUUUUAUUUUAAUAAGAUACUUUUAUUUACUUGUGAAACAUCUAGUCUUUUUUCAGACGAAAACUCGAAAUUAUUAUCAAAACCUUAUGUUGUUUAAUUUUAAAAAAAAUCUAAACAUUGGCAUUGAAUUAUAUAGGUAAUUUAAAAAAAGUGUAUUUA